UUUCGACAUUACGGUAAAUGUAAAUCUAACAUCGUAAAUCACAAAUAAAGUGAGUGGUGAAGUUUGAUAUGCUGUGUCAUAGUAAUUUGGAAAGAAAUUCGACAUUUUGAUUGAUUUCAAUUGUUCAUUUCCAAUUAUUGUGACCAUCUAUUCCAAGGAAAAUCAAUCGUUGUCGAUUUUAUUAUUUUCGUUUUUUGGUUAAUUGUUAAAGUGCGUGCAAAAACCUUACAUAUACAAAAUAAAAGAAGACAUUCUGUGAAUAGAAAAAAAACGGAUGAAACAAUCUCGUUGUGAAUUCCUCUUGAAUCUAAUUGGAAUACAAAUUGUUUGCUAUUCGUCGUCGGGCAUAGUGUGAUAGAUCAUCACCCAGCAGAGGAGUCGUCAUCUUAUCACAGAUUGAUUUCAUCACCACAGAAUUACACAGAUAGUCCAGCAAAAUUAUAUUUAUUUUCUUCUUGCGUGGCACUGCAUACCAUUCACCACUCAUCUACAGCAUCUAUCGAUCAAUACGCUUGAUUCGACACAAGAAAAACUUAUAAAAGAAGAUUGCUUCAAAGGAGUAUGCAGCAACAGCAACAUCAGCAGCAGCAACCGAAUCAGCAUCAGACAGCGUGCUCUAUAUAAGAGCAACUCCACAUAUAAUAUUAAAAAAUAAAUAUAAACAAAAUUGAAAAGAAAGGCACAAAAGUUCAUCUUGUGCGUCAUCUUCUAAGACGCGCCUAAAGCUUUAAACAAAACAAAAAAAUAGAAACCUAAUCUUUCUGCAAUAGUCAGUCGAAGAUUCCAACUUAUUGAGUUGUAGUCAUCGUGUGAUUUAUUUUAAUGAAUGAGUACGUUUCCUGUGACGGAUUGUUUCACAGAAUAAAGCGUCAACCUAAAGGAUUUUUGUGACAUACAAAAUCAAGAGCAAAUCAAAAAUCAUAUAUCUAAAUUAAAAUAUUUGGAUUGAUACAUAAAAAGAAAAGAAAGAAGAUUGUGAUUUACAUUUAUUAUUUCAAUCGCAUUCAAACAAAAAUAUUUAAGAAAGAAAAAACUAUAAAUUUUAUUAGUAUUGCUAAUUUUCUGGGACCCUUACGUAUUUCCUACAAUUUUAAACAAAACAAAAAAAAAUAGCUCUAAUAUUAAAUUAAAACAAAAAAAAAAAUAAGUCGUUUUGUCGCUGUGCGAAAACAACAAAAAGAAAUAUAUAAUAUAUUUUAGUAAAUCUAAUCGCUUGACUGUCUGCUUUAACAUUUUUGAGUAGACAAAAAAUAUUAAAUUUAAAUUGAUUUCUCUAAAUCGAUUCAAAAACAAAACAAAAAAGUCACUAAAAUAUAGAAAGAAAAAAGAAAAAAAAACAGAAUUAAUUAAACAAAACAACACCACCUCCUCAGCAACACAUUAAAAUAUAAUAAAUAAAUAAAAAUGGAACGCGAAUCAAAUCCAAUGCAACCCAUGUGCCGCUCUGGAUGCGGUUUCUAUGGUAACCCAGCCACAGAUGGACUCUGUUCCGUUUGCUAUAAAGAUUCCUUAAGAAAAAAACAACAGCCACCAGUCAGCAGCACGCCUGUGUCAGUUCCAAGCCCACAACCGAGUCCCACAUUUAGUCCAGCCAUUACAGUCACCAACACAGCACAACCAACAGUACAGAGUUUACAGCAACACAAUGAAAUAAAAGAAGCCGCCUGUGAGUCGUCAACAUUCUCCCGAUCAUCGUCAACUUUAUCACCAGCAUUAGCAUCAGCAUCGUCGUCAUCGGUGGAAUCAGCGACAUCAUCAUCAAUUUCAACAUCAUCAUCACAAUCACCUUCGCCAUCAGCAGUUACAGCGUCUACGAUUCGAACAGGAGUGACAAGUUGUUCUUCGUCAGCGGGUAAUAUCCUCAAUUGUUCAACCUCGACGUCCAACUCCUCCAAUUCAAACUCUACAACAAAUUGCUGUUCUACUUCCGUUUCCGCUUCGUAUUAUUCAACGUCAUCGAAUUUGAUUUCGAUACGAAUUAUGGACUCCAAGGAAUCAAAUAGUAGCUCAGCUAGAAAAAGGAAAACAAAUGAAGAAACAACAGUUAAAGACAGUGCAACAACGGCAGGUCCAUCAACUUCCACAAACGACGAUCAAGACGACAAGGAAGGUGAUAAAGAUGCAAAAAAGAAAAAGAAUCGUUGUGCUGUCUGCCGCAAGAAGGUUGGAUUAACAGGUUUUGAAUGCCGAUGUGGUGGAUUAUAUUGUGCUGUACAUCGGUACAGCGACAAACACGACUGCACAUUUGACUAUAGGGAACACGGGGCCCAAGAAAUUAGACGCAAUAAUCCUGUAGUAGUUGGCGAAAAAAUACAAAAAAUUUGAACUUUUGUGCCAUCAGUUUUAUAAUAUACAUAUAUAUAUAUAUACAUAAAAAAUUAAAUUUAAAUAAAUAUAAUUACAACAAAAACAAAAAGAAAAAAAAAACAUGAAACAAAAAACAAACAAAAAGGAAAUAUACACAUAUAAAAAGAGGAAAAAGAAAACAUUACAAAACACAAUACACACACACGCCCACAUUUAAUAAAACAACAACAAAAAAACUACAAUUAAAUUUUAAAAAAAAAAUGAAAAAUAAGUAUAGUACAUAAUACAAUUUAAAACAAACAACAAAUUAAGAAAGAAAAAAUACUAAAAAAAAGCGGAAAAAACAAUACAAAUAAUACAAAAUCGUGAAAAAUUACCUAGUUUACUAUUAAAUUAAAAGAAAAACAUAUACAUAAAUAAUAAUGCAAGUGGAAUAUUAAAUUUUUUGUGAUCUUUUGUUUUCUUUCAAAUUAAUAUUGAUUAUUAUUAUUAUUACUUACUAUUUAAAAUAUAUAAAGAGAAACAAAAAAAAAGAAAAGAAAAGUUUUAGGUAAAACAUUAACGCAUAUAUUGUAUGUAAUAUGAAAACAAAAAAUCAACUUACUUUUAUUAAUUACACUCUUAAAUAUAAUAAAACAAAUUAUUAUUAUGAUUAUUAAUUAUGUAUAUUAAUUCUGCCGCUGCAACCAAUAUUACUCUCUCUUUCUAUGUCUCUCUCUAUCUCUCACUCACUCACCACCACCAAAACACCAGACAGGCGAAUUAUUUGUUUUUUUUUUCUUCUUCUCCUUUUUAACUUCCCUUUUUAAUGUUAAUUAAAAAAACCAAAAUAAACUAAAUUUAAAUUUAAAACAAGUCUAUGGAUCUGGGAUUAUAACAAAAAUCACUUACUCCCAUCAUAAGAUGCUCUUUAAUCCUGAAAGAAAUUUUGAAACAACCGAAAACGAAACGAAAUGUCGAAGGAUUUUUACGAUUACGCGUAAUCCAAUUCACAUGAUUUGUUAAUUAAUUUCUUCCGAUUAAAGUGGAUUAAGGCGGUGAAAGCAAAACAAGAAGAAGCAGCAGCCACUUGAUGAAUGAAAACAUACAAAGAAUACAAAAACAAUCUGCAAUAGUAAAUUAGAGAAAUGUUCACAUAUUUUCCUUGCAUUAAUUUUUCUUCCCGUUUUUCGCUUUAAAAGUUAAUUUCUUAAAUUUAUAUUUUUUGUUUCUUAUAUUUUUUUAAAUAAAUAUUUUCGGUCGUUUUGUAGUUAAUUUUGUUUAAUUAAUUAUUAUUAUUUUUCUUUAUUAAUUAGUUUGUAAAAAUAAAAAUCAAACCUAAUAUAAUAUUUACUGAGAAAAAAACAGAAAAACAAAAUACAAUUUAUUAUUUUCCCAAAAGUGAAAGAAUAAAAAUAAAAACAGAUUAUAAUAAAAAAAAAGAUUAAACAAAUACUAGCGUGUCUAUAUAAUUACUAUAUUUUUAUUUGCUUUAAAAAUUAAGGGAGUUUUGUUUCUUUACUUUUCCGACUAUAGUUGAGUAUUUUGUUUUAAUUAUUUCUUUUUUCCGAGUUAAAAAUUAGUAUGGAUAUAUAUGAGUUGUACUUGUAAUUAUUAUUAGUUUUUUAAUUAGAUAAAUUUUAGUUGUAUUUGAGUAAAAAAUAAAUAAAAAUGAAACCAUGUUUAAAAUUGAAAAUUUAAAUAAAUAUAAAAACAAGUAAUUUUGAUUUGCAAAACCAACAUUCACCAAUAUACAGUUGAGAAAAUACCAAUCAUUUUACUAACUAUGUAAUUACAACAAACAAAAAGAAAAACAAAAAAACAAAAAACACAAAACAAAACAAAAAUACAAGAAAUGGUAUGAUAAAUGAGUAACAUUUUUAAGAACUUUAACUUUAUUAAUUGUAAGCUAUUAUUGUAGUGGAAAUGAAGUGAAAAGUUUUUUUUUUUUUUAAUCUUAGUGCACCAGCUUUUUAGAGUUAAAAUACAAAAAGAGAGAUAAAAUAUAAUAUUAAAUAUAAAAACAAAACAAAAAAAAAUAAUUAAAAAAAGGAUUACUUCAAAACAAAACAAAGAAGUUAGUAACAACAUAAAAAAGUAAAUAAAAUAAUUCAAAAAAAAUGAUAA